AUGUACGCUGUACACAGGCAGGCCCACACGCCCACCGCUGUGGAGUUCUCGGUCUACUGCAACUUCAUUUCCGGCAAGGAGAAGAAUCUAGUUGUAGCGGGGACAUCGCAGCUUUUUGUCUACAGGAUUAUCCAUGAUGUCGAGAGUACGUCAAAAUCUGAAAAGUCUUCAGAUGCCAAAGCUCGCAAGGAGAAGCUGGAACAGGUGGCCUGCUUUUCGCUCUUUGGUAACAUAAUGUCCAUGGCCAGCGUGCAGCUCAUAGGAUCCAGCAGGGAUGCAUUACUACUCAGUUUUAAAGAUGCUAAGCUGUCUGUCGUGGAGUAUGACCCGGGUACACAUGACCUGAAGACCUUGUCUCUUCACUACUUUGAAGAGCCAGAGCUCAGAGAUGGUUUCGUACAGAACGUCCACAUUCCCAUUGUUCGCGUGGAUCCGGAAAAUCGCUGCGCUGUUAUGCUGAUCUAUGGCACCAAGCUGGUGGUGCUUCCUUUCCGUAAAGACACACUGGCUGACGAGCAGGAGGGUGGAGUGGGAGAUGGACCCAAAUCAAGCUUCCUACCAAGUUACAUCAUCGACGUUCGGGAGCUGGAUGAGAAGCUGCUCAACAUCAUUGACAUGAAGUUUCUCCACGGCUACUAUGAGCCCACUUUGCUCAUCCUGUUUGAGCCUAACCAAACAUGGCCUGGGCGUGUCGCCGUGCGACAGGACACAUGCAGCAUUGUCGCCAUCUCUCUGAACAUCAUGCAAAAGGUUCACCCGGUCAUCUGGUCACUCAUGAACCUUCCAUUUGACUGUACGCAGGUUAUGGCGGUUCCCAAGCCCAUUGGUGGCGUGGUGGUUUUUGCUGUGAACUCGCUGCUAUAUCUAAACCAGAGUGUUCCACCGUAUGGAGUUUCCCUUAAUUCCCAAACAAACGGAACCACGGCAUUCCCUCUACGCAUACAAGAGGAGGUAAAGAUCACCCUGGACUGUGCCCAGGCUGACUUUAUUGCCAAUGACAAGAUGGUCAUCUCUUUAAAAGGAGGAGAAAUUUAUGUGUUGACCCUCAUCACUGAUGGCAUGAGGAGCGUGCGGGACUUUCAUUUUGACAAAGCAGCAGCCAGCGUCCUGACAACUUGUAUGGUCACUAUGGAGCUUGGCUUCCUCUUCCUGGGCUCCCGCCUGGGCAACUCACUGCUACUUAAGUACACAGAGAAGCUUCAGGAGGUUCUUCCAGACGAGGUCAAAGAAAAACAGGACAAAGAGACAGAGAAAGACAAGGAGCCACCAAGCAAAAAGAAAAGAGUAGAGUCCUCCACCAACUGGACUGGUAUGUUUCAAAUUCUGUUUGAAAAUGUGGUGGAUGAGAUCGAAGUGUAUGGAAGCGAGGCGCAGUCGGGCACGCAGCUUGCAACGUACUCCUUUGAGGUGUGUGACAGCAUACUGAACAUUGGGCCGUGUGCUAACGCUUCCAUGGGUGAACCUGCAUUCUUAUCAGAAGAGUUCCAGGCCAACACGGAACCUGACCUGGAAGUUGUCGUGUGCUCUGGCUUCGGAAAAAACGGGGCGUUGUCUGUACUUCAGAGGAGCAUCAGACCCCAAGUUGUCACUACGUUCGAGUUGCCAGGUUGCCAUGACAUGUGGACCGUGAUAUCAAGUGAGGAUAAGGAAGAAGAAGAAAAGGAUAAAGAGGAGGGGAAAAAGGAGGAAGAGGAGAAAAAGGAUCAACCUCUAGAGGAUGACGCCAAGAAGCAUGGGUUCCUCAUUUUGAGCCGAGAGGAUUCCACUAUGAUUCUGCAGACAGGACAAGAGAUAAUGGAGCUGGACACGAGUGGUUUUGCCACUCAAGGAACUACAGUCUUUGCGGGGAACAUCGGUGACAACAAAUACAUUAUCCAGGUCUCCCCCAUGGGCAUCAGACUGCUGGAAGGAGUGAGUCAACUCCACUUCAUCCCAGUGGACCUUGGCUCUCCCAUAGUGCAUUGCUCCGUGGCGGACCCCUACGUGGUCAUCAUGACCGCCGAGGGAGUGGUCACCAUGUUUCUGCUGAAGACAGACUCGUACAUGGGGAAGACGCAGAGACUCUCUCUAAGGAAACCUCAGAUUUCCACACAAUCACGGGUGAUAGCGCUUUGCGCGUACCGAGACGUCAGCGGAAUGUUCACCACAGAGAACAGAGUGAGCUGUGCUGUUAUGGAGGAUAUAAACAUGCAGAAUAAGUCUGAAGUGGAGACGGUCAUCCAGGAUCUCAGUAAUACAGUGGAUGAUGAGGAGGAAAUGCUGUAUGGAGACUCGGGCACAAGUGCAGCACCCCUAAAGGAUGAUCUGAAUCGCACUCCAGUACAAGUGGGCCCCUCUGGAAAUGAGGCUAACCCAGUUAAAGCUGAUCCCACCCACUGGUGUAUGCUGGUCCGGGAAAAUGGUGUCAUGGAGAUUUACCAGCUCCCAGAGUGGCGAUUAGUAUUCCUGGUUAAGAACUUCCCUGUCGGUCAGAGAGUGCUAGUGGACAGCAGCUCUGGCCAAUCAGCAUCACAGGGAGAGGGGAAGAAGGAGGAAGUGACGCGUCAGGGAGACAUGCCAUUAGUCAAGGAGGUGACUUUGGUGUCGCUCGGGAAUAAUCGCAGCCGACCGUAUUUACUUGUCCACGUGGAACAGGAGCUUCUCAUCUAUGAAGCUUUCCCCUAUGAUCAGCAGCAACCGCAAAAUAACCUCAAAGUGCGCUUUAAAAAAGUUCCUCACAACAUCAACUUCCGAGAGAAGAAAUCCAAACUUAAGAGGGAUAAGAAGGCGGAAGGAGGAGUCGGCGAUGACACGACUGUCAAAAGUCGAAUUGCGAGGUUUAGAUACUUCGAGGACAUCUCUGGAUACUCCGGGGUGUUCAUCUGCGGACCCUCUCCUCACUGGAUGUUGGUCACGGCUCGGGGUGCCUUGAGACUCCACCCCAUGUCCAUUGAUGGCACUAUUGAGUCCUUCUCCCCAUUCCACAAUAUCAACUGUCCUAAAGGUUUUCUGUACUUCAACAAGCAGGGGGAGCUGAGAAUCAGUGUCCUGCCCACCUACUUAUCCUAUGACGCCCCGUGGCCAGUGAGAAAGAUCCCACUGAGGUGCACCGUCCACUAUGUCUCAUACCAUGUGGAGACUAAGGUAUAUGCGGUGUGUACCAGUGUGAAAGAGCCAUGUACACGCAUCCCUAGGAUGACAGGAGAGGAGAAGGAGUAUGAACUCAUCGAAGGAGACGAACGCUACAUUAACCCGCAGCAGGAGAGGUUUUCUAUCCAGCUCAUCUCGCCGGUCAGUUGGGAGGCCAUUCCCAACACACGGGUUGAUUUGGAGGAGUUUGAACACGUGACUUGCAUGAAGACAGUGGCGCUCCGGAGUCAGGAGACUGUGUCGGGCCUGAAAGGCUACAUUGCCGCCGGGACCUGUGUCAUGCAGGGGGAGGAGGUCACCUGCAGGGGCAGAAUUUUGAUCCUGGAUGUAAUUGAAGUUGUGCCCGAACCGGGUCAACCCCUCACAAAGAACAAGUUUAAAAUGCUCUACGAGAAGGAGCAGAAAGGACCCGUGACAGCACUAUGUCACUGUAACGGAUAUUUGGUGUCAGCCAUUGGACAAAAGAUUUUCCUGUGGGUCCUAAAAGACAAUGACCUGACAGGCAUGGCUUUUAUCGACACUCAGCUCUACAUCCAUCAGAUGUUCAGCAUCAAGAAUUUUAUCUUGGCUGCCGACCUGAUGAAGAGCAUCUCACUGCUGCGCUACCAGGAGAAGAGCAAGACUCUUUCACUUGUUAGCAGGGAUGCUAAGCCCUUGGAGGUUUACAGCAUUGAGUUCAUGGUGGAUAAUAACCAGCUUGGAUUUCUGGUGUCGGAUCGUGACAAGAACCUCUACGUCUAUAUGUAUUUACCUGAAGCUAAGGAGAGCUUGGGAGGAAUGCGUCUGCUCAGGCGAGCCGACUUCAACGUGGGCGCCCACGUGAACACGUUUUGGCGAAUGCCGUGCAGAGGAACGAUGGAUACAAGCAGCAAAAAGGCUCUGACGUGGGACAACAAGCACAUCACAUGGUUCGCAACACUGGACGGAGGCAUCGGGUUGCUUCUCCCCAUGCAGGAGAAGACGUAUCGUCGACUUCUCAUGUUGCAGAAUGCACUCAACACCGUGAUGCCUCAUCACGCUGGUCUAAACCCAAAAGCUUUCAGGAUGAUGCACUUUGAACGACGAGGCCUACAGAAUGCCGUGCGAAACAUUUUGGAUGGGGAACUUCUCAAUAAGUUCUUAUAUCUCAGCAUGAUGGAGCGCAGCGAGCUUGCUAAAAAGAUCGGUACCACUCAAGACAUCAUUUUGGAUGACCUUCAAGAAAUCGACAGAGUAACAGCUCAUUUCUAA